AUGGGUCGUUCGUCGAGCGCGUCGUGCGCGAUCAGACGCGCGAUGGGCGCUUUGAACUCACAAAGAUCCUUCUCGCUCGAAGAGCGCAAGAGAGCGCUAUCGGCGGUGCGAAGACCGGAGGAAGAGGAUGAAGCGGCGGAGGCGACGAAGAACGUGCGCGUCGACCGGGCGCUCGCGGCGUUGAAGUUUGAGCUCGACAGGGGUUGCGUGAACACGCGAGGCAAGACGAGACUGUUCAGUGAUUUCGCAAAGGCUGAGCUCUCGACGAUUGGGGAAGAGCUCAAGGCGAGCGCGAGACGAACGAUGUGGAACGAGCGGUGUAGGUCGGCGUUCGAGAGGUACGAUGAGCUCAAUCCCAUCGAUCGUGAGUACGUCAUCAACGCCGCUCGAGAGGUGUUGGAGAUGUCAGACGCUGAGGAGAAGUCGCCGACUGGCAAACAGAGCCUCAUUGAAGGGGACGCGUGGAACAACGCGUUGCAACAGGGACAGGUUAGACGGUUAGAAGUGGAGGCGGUGAUGCGGAACGGCUCGUCAGAGCAGCAGGGGAGCGGUGCGUGGUUUCAAAUCCGCGCUUCUCGUCUCACAGCGAGCGCGUUUGGCAACGCCAUCGGCUUCUGGGCUGGUGGCAGAAACGAGCUGUGGGAAGAAAAGCUCGGCUUGCGCGAAGGUUUCUCUGGUAACGAAGCCACGGAGUGGGGAUCUUCCAAGGAAGACGAGGCCGUGCGCGUGUACGAAUCACUCACGCGUAAGAAGGCGUCGCAUUUGUUGUUUCAAUUACUUUCCAACGACGACGCGGAACUGUGGAUUGGAGCUUCUCCAGACGGGCUCAUCGGAACAACAGCCGCAGAUAUCGACGGUGAAGCCGGGGGUGUUCUUGAGAUCAAGUGUCCUUUCAACAGAGGUUCGCCACAAACCGCGAAGCCGUACGACAAGGUGCCGUGGUAUUACAUUCCGCAAGUACAGGGGUUGAUGGCGAUAUUCAAUCGACCGUGGUGUGAUUUAGUGUCCUAUACCGUGAAUGGUGGCGUCGCGAUAUACCGAGUGGAAAGGGAUCACGAGUAUUGGGCACUUUUAUAUUCGUGUCUGAGUGAUUUCUGGUGGCAAAACGUCAUCCCAGCGAAGCAUGCAUUGGCAUCUGGCAAAGACCACGAGAAAUAUAGACCAUCAAGCGAAAGCGAUUUAUGCGCUGAACUGAAGAACCGGAGCAAACAAAUCUCCAGUAAGAGCCAGACAACCUGGAUCCCGCCCGAAAAAGUUGCGCAGCUUCGUGAUAUGUGA